UAUAUACACAGCUCCACCCCUUUGGAUAAUUCUCAUUACUCAAACACACUUUCUCCUCCAAUUCUUUUCUCUGGAAAUGAAGAUGGAGCGGAAAAGAAGUAAACACGCUUCAGUUCUCCUUUGGGCUACCGUGGCUGCAUUGCUUACUCAAAAUUUGGUCAUUCCUGUCAUGUCUUCAGCUGCAUUUGAGGAUCAAAAGAACUAUUACUCUCCGGACCCAGGUUCUCGCUCGCCUCCAUUGCAUGGCUCUGGUGGCGGCCAUGGAACACCAACACCCUCUCACGGGCCUCCAUCGCAUGGUUCUGGUGGCGGCUAUGGAACGCCAACACCCUCUCACGGAACGCCUUCACAUGGAGGAGGAAGCUAUGGCGGCACACCACCAUCUGGCAACUGCGGGAACCCUCCAAGUGGAGGGCACCACCACACUGCUCCUACUCCUCCCACUGGAGGUGGUGGUGGUUACUAUAACCCACCUUCAAGCUCUACCCCCACCAUUGUGAGUCCACCCUCCAUUUUAAGCCCUCCAACCACUCCUGUCAUCCCUGGAACUCCAACUACUCCAAUCGACCCUGGAACUCCAUCCAUACCAUCACCUCCAUAUGCAUUUGAUCCAAACUCACCUCCUUUUACUUGCGAUUACUGGAGGACUCAUCCGGGACUAAUCUGGGGGCUGUUCGGCUGGUGGGGAACCGUUGUUGGAGCAUUCGGUGUGGCUAGAGUACCUGGGCUGGGAUCGAGCACGAACCUACUACAAGCUCUUUCGAAUACCCGACCAGACGGGCUUGGAGCACUCUACAGAGAAGGCACAGCUGCUUUACUCAACUCCAUGAUGCACAGGGGCUUUCCUUACACAACAAGGCAAGUUAGGGAUAGUUUUGGAGCUGCACUUAGCUCAAACAAGGCUGCAGCAGCUCAAGCUAAGCUCUUCAAGCAAGCUAAUGAGGGAAGAACCAAGCCCAGAGCUUGAAUUAUCAGUGAAUCUUAUUUUUAAAUUUGAGUGACAGGUUGUGUUUCCUCAUAUUUAUUGUCAUGUCUAUGUUGUAUUACCUCAAAUUGUGUCUUUGGGAUGAAAUUUUAUGUUUAUUUUUAAUCUAAUGUAAUGUUACAUGCUUUACUUUUAGAUGGAUACCAACUUUGUGGUUAGAUUAUUAGUGGUUUGUUUGUAUUCAUACUUGUAUGCCAUAAUUAGUGUCACUCCCAAGUUUGGUUUUUCAUUUUA